UGACCCUUCUUGCAGUACUCGGUUCUUGGCGCCCGUGCAUGUGUUAAAGGCUUUGGCUCAGAUUCGAUGAUUUCUGACUUACUAAGUGCAGGCAUAUGUCCAAGAUUUACAUUUAUUGUUGUGUUCGAAACAUGUAUAUGCAUCUCUAAUUACGGGUGGCAUACCUAUAGCCCAGCCUCGUCAUGCGUCUGGCUGCUAUAUUUGCUUACGUCCUUUUCUCAGCCCUAGCCGCCAGCCAGACACCUCGCUCGCGUCGUCAGCUUUCCCUGGGGUCUCAACUGGGGUCUCAACAUGUAAUCGGAAACAGCGAUACUGGUCAUCGCAGACGGCCUCAGUCUCCUAUACCCCUGGGCCAACCUACGAACCCGGAAUUACUCACCGGCUUCGUAGCAUUUGGUGAUUCCUACAGCGCUGGAAUCGGUACCGGUUUCAAAAACAAGGAAGAUGAUUGCCGCCACGGCUUAGGCGCUCAUGCAGUGUUGAUCAUGGCCGACUUGAAAGCCAGUCAAGGGGGGCGGGACUCUACAGCUUUCCAGUUCUUAUCAUGCACCGGGGCUACGACUACGCAAAUUCUCUCCGGUGGUGACGAAAGCCAAAUCGAUACCUUUGAUAUAUCCGUACCGGCCGACUUCGCGCUUCUAUCUAUCGGUGGUAAUGACCUAGGUUUCUUUGAUGUAAUGAAUGCCUGCGUUUUUCGCUUCUAUAAUUUCUACUCGGGGACCUGCGAUUCGGCCUUGGCCAACGCGCGCGCCCAGCUCGAGGGUGGCGAGUUCGAGCAGCGCCUCUAUAUCCUCAUCAUGGAGAUCUUGGAUAAGGUACGCUGGGAGAAGAAGCCCUGGUUUUUUAUCACGGUUACGGGUUACGCGCGCUUUUUCAACGACGUUACCGAUGACUGUGACGGCAGGAGCUUUGGAAUUUGGUGGCAGGGCCCCAAGCUUAAAAAGGAGUUAAGACUUGGCAUGAACGCAUUGAUACUCACGGUUAAUGCCAAGAUUCGCAAAACGGUCGACUCUAUAAACUCAAAAUUUACCAAAGACAAGCUGGUAUUUGUUGAUUAUGAUGAUGAGUUUGACGGCCACCGGUUCUGCGAGGAGGGAGUCGUAGAGCCAGACUAUGAGCGUCAGGAUUCUUGGUUUUUCCUCGUCGGGGGACCGGACAACGCGAGGAAUAGUACGCAGCCCAAACGGGUUUCUCGACUUGAGACCUUAUCUUCGGACUCGGCUUUGGUGGACCCGUCUUCCUGUCUCGCACCAGCGCAGAGAUCUGGGGAUUGGGGUGAGUUAGCCUUGUGCUAUAUGGCCAUGUCGAAGCACGAGGACCCAAGUCUGCAGUUUGCUCGUGAAGAUGCCGUCGGGGAGAAUUCGAUGUGGUGGGUUCCGACGUACUACGGCAAGACUUUCCAUCCCAAGUCUCUUGGCCAUGAAGCUAUAAAGAAGAGGAUUUAUGAGGUGUGGCGGACUCUAGAAUAAUGUUUCAUUCGUCUCUCGAGGCUAGGACACCAUGGAUGACUGGCCAGCAAGUAUUGCUUUGUGGAGGUACUUUGAUAUAUAAAAUAAUUGUAAUAAUUAUGACUAGGUAGAAAGUAGAAGGUAGACGUAUAACGACUGGGGUGUUUAUAAGCUUUUAUGUUUUUAUGUGGAAGUGAAGCUGAUAUAGAUCUACCUAUAUCACUGCCAUCGUUAGUUAGCCUUGCCCAGUCCGGUGUGUCAUCAUUCAUGGACACUCGUAGCUAUUCAUGUCCGAAUAGAGCUGGU